UUUUUAAUAUUUAUUGGCUUUUGCUGUUGGGUUCGUCAUUAAUCAUCGUCUUCCUCUUUACAACAACUGCGGACGACUCCGAAUUUUGCCGUCUAUCGAUCCAAUCAGCCAUGGCCGAGAUUGAGCUGAAAACAGCACCUGCGGAUUUUCGGUUCCCUACAACAAAUCAAACUAGACAUUGUUUCACCCGUUACAUUGAAUUCCACAGGUGCUUGGCAGCAAAGGGUGAAGAGUCUGGCGAAUGUGAGAAAUUCGCUAGAUAUUACCGCUCUCUCUGUCCUGGUGAAUGGGUUGAGAAAUGGAAUGAACAAAGGGACAAUGGAAAUUUCCCAGGUCCUCUUUGAUGCUACAGUAUGAUUUGGCUUGGAAAUUUCUGAUUAUCUUGUUUGUUUUAUUGAAGCUAGUUGCAUGACAUUUUUUGUUGAAUCAAUGUUAAUAAGGCAACUGUUUGGAUCUCAUUAAACCUGUUGAAAAUUUAUGCUUUGUUACUUGGCAUGGACAAAAUUGUUCAUGAAAUUAAGAUGAACUUGACUGUUU